UUUUGGUCACUGGUGGGCAGGGAACUGUUUGCUGCAUUCCCACGGUCGCUGGGAGUUCGGCCUAUAGCAUUCUUUAUGACGUUGCUGGCGAACGGGUUCGUAAAAUGGUUGUAGUGGACAGCCUCUGCACUCUGCUUACUCUCACUGAAGGAAGUCGGCUGGUCAGCAUCAGCUUGAAGACUUAUAUCAUCAAGGACAUUUGGUCAGAGAAGAUGGUUGCAGACUUUGCUUUCUGCGAAGAAGCCGCCUCUAGAACAGAACAUGGCUCUGAGCAAGAGUACAGAGUGGCUGUUUUAACAGCUAUUUCUGAAUUGUCUACUAGAAGACUAGAGAUCUACAGCAUCCCUGAUUUUAUCAUGUUGUAUGCAUUGGAAGUCAACGAAACCUGUUACAUGAUGUCAUUUUGUGGCUCCUUGGAUGAUUUCUGGAUAGUUGAAGGCUUCAGCGAUAAUGAGGAAACCAUAACUGAACUCAGAGUUCGCACAAUCAGCGAGGCACUGCCUGAAAACCAUUUGAUGAAAUUGAUUUGCAAAAACAAAUUUGCGGAAGCUGAAAAGUUUGCAGAGCUGUUCAGCCUCUCUGUUGAAGAAGUUCACUGGAACCAUCUGCUGUUCGUACUCAAGGAAUUGAGCAUUAGGAUGACAGAUGCAUCGAUGGAUACAGAUGAUGAACUAAAACUAGCCCACGAUGCUUGCGACUUGGUGAAGAUGCUUCCAGAUACCGUACAAGUUGCUAAGUGCUGCAUUGAGACACCCUUUGCCUCAGUUACUGUUGCAUGCAAGCUGUUACUUUUCUUGCAAGGAUAUGUAUCAUCUGCGCAAAAUUGUGACACUGAAGAACGGGAGACUGUGUUAGCUAAAAUUACACAACUAUUGAACAGGGUUAACACGUUCAGGUUUCUAUGUGACAGUGACCUAAAAAGUGACUGGUUUUCAUUUUCACAAGCUGACCUAAUCCAGGAGAUCUCUGCCCUCUUCCGAGAUGACCAUGUGUCUGCAGGAUUUUUCAUAUGGGAGCGCCAUCAGGACGAGUUCUUGCAAGGCUUGAGCUGUGAUGUCAUCCAACAGCUUUUAGAUUCCCUUCAAAUAACUGUAGAGCUUUCUUGCCUUUAAUGGCUUAAAGAUAGCUUUCUGCCUCUAAUAUUCGGCUCAUUGCCCGAGUGCCUUGAAUGCGUCUGCCAGUGGGUUGUAGGCAGAGUUCUGCAAAUGGAAGUCAGCAGCAAGAAGUUCUGGCCCUUUGGAGCCUUGGAACUCGUGAAGGUUGUUUUAGAGAACUUUCAAAUAACCAGCAUGACAGCAGAUUGCGUGUCGUUGAAUACAUGGCUGGUUGUGCAUAGUGCUCCGAAAAAGAUAAGGGAUGAAACAAGUGCGCUGUACAAGCUGUAUCAUCUCUAUCUGGACCUCCAGAACCUUGACAUGCUGUGGAGUAAAUACAAGUGUCGUCUCGCCCUGCAAGAGCUGCAAAACACUGACAAGCAAGAAGUGGCAUUUUCAAUCCUCGAUGAGGCAAUUACAACGGAACAAGUUACCUCUAUUGUGCAGGGAUUCCUAGUGCAGUUUGUUCAAGCCAGUGGGCUGGACAUCUCAAAUGUGCUGCAGUGCUAUGUUGAUCAGGUGCUUCGCUACAGAGAUGUCAGCUUGAUGCACGAUGAGCUUCUGGAAAAUAAGAUGGUUGCCUUAGUGGCGCUUAUUACCCAUCCUCAAUGUUGGCUUCAGACUAUAAAGAAGAUUCUUAGCCAUGCACAUGUGCCGUGGAGUGAAAGCAUUCAAGGGCUUGCUGAUCAGGGUUGUUUGCUCAGAGGUUCAGUUGCCAGAGAGAUUGAUGCUGAGAGAAAGAGAAUGCAGGCUAAAACGAUUCUUAUGCGCUAUGACAUCAGCUUGUUUCGUCUGUCUUUCACAUCCGGUGCCACUGCUACACUCGUAAGAUGCAUUCUGCUUAGUGAAAAGCAAGAAGCCUUGCAGGAUGCUCUCACUGUGGCCAAAAACUUGAGUGACAUGUCAGAAACUGAUGUGUUUUUGCUUUACCUGCAAAUGGCUUAUGCCAAAGCUGACAUUGAUAGAUUUGCCAAAGUGUUGCACAGUGUCCCCGAGGAACUUUUUCUUGAAGUUGCUCCCAGACUAUGUACAUUUGCAGAGCUUCUCCUGAAAGCGCCACAGCAUAUACUCGGAGGCGAAAGCUGCCGGCCUGACGGAAAAUUGGCAGUAUUUACUGAGCAUCCUGCAGCAGAGUUCAGGGGCUGGUGCCAUUGAUUAUGAUACAAUGCACCGACAGGCUCGCCAGGGAAUGAUGUUAAAAAGAGACUUUGGCAUCA